AUGGCACUCGACACCCCAGCCACGUCACUCGCCGCGCGGGACCCGCUCGACUUGUCGACUUCGCGAGACGCCGCGCUGGCGGCGCGUUCAACGGUGAGGAAAGUGAAGAGCCCGAACCUUGUCGUGCUGGGCGGCGCGAACCGCGACGUCAACCUCCGCGUACGGGCCUUGCCUUUGGCCGGCGAGACGGUCGCUGCCGAGAAGGCGGUGAUCUACCACGGCGGCAAGGGCGCAAACCAGGCCGUCCAGGCUGCGUUGCUGAUGAGACGCGACUGCGGAGACCCCGCCGUGAACGACGAAGCCUCAAAAAAGAAACACCUGACGCAAACAGGCGGCAAAGUUGCGCUGAUCUGCAAGCUCGGAGACGACGACACUGGCGAGGCGUACCGGCGCUACCUGGAAGGAGUGGGGAUUGACAUGACUGGCGUGCUGACUGCACAGGGAGAACCCACGGGCUGCGCGUAUGUCACAGUCGCUGAAGACGCCGAAAACACCAUCGUGUUCGACCCGGGAGCGAACGCCUGUCUGACUGCUGAAGAUAUCCGCAACCCGAGAAUCACUGAGUUGAUCCAGAACGCGAAGAUUUUUGUUUGCGAGAACGGGAUUCGACCGGACGUGGUUGUGACUGCGCUGAAGCUGGCGAAGAGCUCGCCAGAGAAGGUUCUGACUGUCUUCACCCCUGCGCCUGUCGCGAGUGUCCCCCUGGAAGCCUUUGCGUACGCGGACUACGUCGUGGUGAACGAGAACGAAGCACGCCAAAUGUACAACUUGGCGCCGGUCACCAAAACGCAGGACUCAGCCGGGAACGUGUUUGAGGAGCGGGAGUCGUCGGACGACGAAUGGCCGUCGCUGGGAGCAGGAGGCGCCAGCGCAAGCGUCUUCCCUUCGCCGGCUGCUCUAAGAGCCAAGUUGAUUCAGCUGGGCCAGAAGGCGACAACUGUACAAGGUCCGGAGAGCGGCGCUGGAAGCGAGUCCGGCGAGCAGACGCGCGUUAGCGGCGAGCGGAUCCGGGCCGAGUGCAACGUGAUUGUCACGCAGGGCAAAGACGGAUGCACCGUGAUUCGACAGAAGGAGUCUGGCCACCGUCGGGUGUCUAUACAGCACCUUGAGCAAAAACGACGCGUUCCGCCGGAACAGGUAGUCGACACAGUCGGAGCAGGAGAUGCGUUCUGUGGGGCCCUCGCGUACUUUUUGGGGGAGGAGGAACUCAGCGUAAACGAAGCAAUUGAAAAGGCGGGAAUCGUCGCCAGCUUCUCCGUCCAGAAGAGGGGUGCGAACGAGAGCUACGCGGGCCGAGAGACGCUCCGGGGGACCGUCUUUUAG